AUGGCUCUUCCAUUCUACUCCAACUGGCCAACAUUCCGGCAAGCCCACCACCAUGCCACCGCCGUCCCUCUUCCCCAGCCACCACCGGAGCACUUACCAUUUCACGACAACUUUGCCCUUUCCGAUACUUGCAUCAACCCAAUGCUCCACUUAAACCGCCACUUCUCAGGCUCCUACAAUGGCAAUCUUGCAUUCAACAAUGGCAUCAAAUAUCCAACUUUAUCAUCGUCUUAUAAUUCACUUACCACCCAACAACAUCUCUUAAAUAAUCCGCCAUUACCGGAGCUUUCUCAAAUUUCCAGUUUUACCCAUGAAUGGGAAUGGCCACUGGUUCCUAAUGUAUGUGAUCAUGACCAGUUCUUUUCACUGAACCCCAUGGUGGAACUGCCUCCGCUGCCGGAAAUCUACCCGGAUUGUGGUUCUGAUACACUCAUGCCUCCGUCGUAUGACGGUGGACAAGGGAAUGAUAAUAUUAUGGAGGUUGAGGAGAGAAGUAACGUGCAAGUGAAAAAGCAGAAUGGCGGUGGAGGGCGAAGCUUAUCCGCGCAGAGUAUGGCUGCGAGGGUGAGGAGGAGGAAGAUAAGCCAGAAGACAUUAGAGCUCGGGAAACUGGUUCCCGGUGGUCAUCGGAUGAGCACGGCGGAGAUGUUUCAGGCGGCCUUGAAGUACAUCAAGUUCUUGCAAGCUCAAGUUGGUGUUCUUCAACUCCUGGCCUCAUCUCAUGUGCAGGGACCCAAUGAAGAACUCCAAGCUUUGGUGACAUCCCCAUCCGUACAAGAGAAGCUAUACGCUGCGGAGAAGUGCAUUGUAACCCAAGCCUUAGUCCAUGAUCAUCAAGAAUAA